UAUUAUUAUUAUUAGGCUAUUGUAAUUAUUCAUAUAGUUUUAAAAGCAUUUUAUAAAGACACAAUAUUACAUGUCUUCUUAAUCUUAAACACGCACGUUAAAGAAACUGUUUGUUUAAAUAUUUAUUUAUUUUCAUUUGUUGUUUAUUCCACGCGUUUUGUAUUUGACAGCUUUUCUCGCGUUUCCAUUAUUUUCAGUGGCGUCACGUGUGUCUGCAAUGCAUGCUGGUAAAUGUAGUCACCCAACGCGUCAAAAAUGGUGGAUGUUCAGCCUCCGCCUUUGCGAACCCUGGAUGAUUUUCUGCUGGGCUCGGCCCGAUUCUCAGUGCCUGAUGUGCGUAACUUAGACCGGUGGAACAACCGCAUCAUUAACAACCUGCUAUACUACCAGUCCAACUAUUUAGCCUCCGCCGUGGCGUUUCUGCUCGUGGUCGGGUAUUUCCAACCACUCCAGCUGAUUCUUGGGGCAACAGUUGUGGUCCUUCUGUUCUUGGGGUUUGUCUGGGCGGCUGAAAACAAGGCCGUAAUCCGGCGAUUCCGGAGAAAUCAUCCAUCGCUCGCCGUCUCUGCAAUUUUGGGCUCCAGCUACCUUCUUCUGUCUGUUUUAGGAGGGGUAGCUGUUUUCCUCAUUGGCAUUGCCUUCCCCAUUUUAAUGAUCCUUAUCCAUGCUUCAGUGAGACUCAGGAGCCUUAAGAAUAAACUGGAGAAUAAGCUGGAGAGUAUAGGACUGAAGAGGACUCCUAUGGGUCUGCUGCUGGAAGCACUGGGACAGGAACAAGAGGCUGGAUCAUAGCUGUAUUAACUAUUACCUAAUUGUGCUAUCGCUCACCCCUUCUGGAGCUUCUUACGUGUUCUUAAAAUAUGUAUGAAAACAGAAAUUGGCAAAACAUGUAUGGCAUUUUGCUAAAGUCUCUCAGAAAUGCAGGAAGGGCCCAGUGGACCAGGAUUACAUUAUGAUGCAGUAUAUGAAGGACAGCCAAAAGUAAAGUAAGAUUACAGGAUCAGGUGUGUAUAACUAUAGAUUCCCAAAUAUAAGAACAACAAUAUAAUGCCUUGUAAAUAGGAUGUAGGUUAGUGUUACUCAUUUCACAUUUUGGCUUCAUUCUAUGGAUUUAAUUGUGCCUACACUUUAUUCCAUCCCUAAGUGUGUUUUUCGUGAGCUUGAUUUUGUGAAUUGUGUUUGAAGGAUGUCUCUUUGCCUGUUUGUUACCUGACCAAAUAUUAUUUUUACUGAUUGUUUUGAAUUGUAUUUCAUGUUUCGAGUUGUUUGCACUCUUACAAAGUGCCAAGGUUAAGACUUCUCUGUCAUUGCAACACAAAUGAGUGAUCAAGAAAAUGAAUCAUGUUUCCAUGUAUGUGGAUUGUGCAUCACAAAUUGGCAUUGUUUGGCAAAAUGAACUUAUUUUAAGGAGAGAUAUGAACUGUAGUCAUAUACAUAAAUGAUUUUAUAAACAUUCAUCUUAAUAUUUUUGAAGGUGUAACCGAACACAGAUUUGGCUGAUUCAGAGAAAUGUGGCAUUAUGCUCAUUCUUACUUUAUCCGAGGUAUUUAAUAUGGUUGAAGAUCGUUGCUUAAGUGAUCAUUCCUUCAAAAAUGAAGGCAUUUGUAUUUCCUGCAUAUUUAAUGUUUACAACGUCAGCUGCCUUGUAUUUUCAGGAAAUGCUCGUCCAUUGCAAUGGUUAUAAUAAACUUUCAUAUAUUCGC